AAGAGAGCACUCUAUACCUUCACUGUUCUUCAAUGGCGCUCGCGCCUCCAUGCCUUCGUCUUCCUCGCUGCGAAGCGAAGCCUUUGGAUCCCAAGACCGAGGUCAUCAGACAACGCCUCCUCCGCAACGGCGUGGAACCGACGCCCAAGAUCCUCCACACCCUCCGCAAGAAGGAGCUCCAGAAAUCCCGCCGAAAAGCUAAGAAACAAGCCCUGAACGCCGAAUCUCCCAGACUCUCUGAUGUUCAGAAGCAAAUGCUUGAAGACGAGGCUCGGUUCCGUGCCGCCCGCUCAGAAUACGGGGCUUUCAAGACGGACAUGGAGAAGAGGCGGGAAGGAGCUAUGGUGAUGUCUGGUAGACCGUGGGAGAGGUUGAAGGCUGUUGAUUUGAGAGGGAUUUGGAGAUUUGGUGAGGAGGAUUUAGGUGAUGGGAGGCUGAAAGGGGAGCACUUGGUGGAGCUGAGGGAGAUGCUGGAGAAGAGGAAUGGAGAUGAAUAUGAGUGGUUGUUGGAUGAUGAUGUUGAGGAAGCUAGUGGGGAUGAAAGGGUGAUGGAAUGGAAAAAAUCUUCACCCAAUGGUUUGGUGGGGGAUGCGGAGAAGAUCAAAUGGCUGAUAGAAAGGCUGACCAAGAUGGACUUAAAUAUGAAAGAUUGGAAAUUUCCAAGGCUGAUGAAACAGUCAGGAUUGUAUUUUUCAGAAGAUAAUCUUCUCAGAUUACUUGAAGGUUUUGAAGUUCUUGGAAAUUGGAGGCAUGCAUUGUCAGUUGUAAAAUGGGUUUACAAUGAAAAUAAGUACAGAUAUCAAAAAAGCAGAUAUGUGUAUACAAAGCUUUUGGCAAUUCUUGGUAAGGGGAGAAGUCCAAGUGAAGCUCUUCGUGUUUUUAAUAUUAUGCGAGAUGAUAGUUAUCUGUAUCCCGAUAUGGCAGCAUUCCAUGCCAUUGCUGUUAGCUUGGGCCAAGCUGGUUUGGUGAAAGAGCUGAUCAGCAUUAUUGAAUGCAUGAGGCAAAAACCUUCCAAAAAAAUUAAGAUUAUGAAGUUCAAAGACUGGGGCCCAUGUUUGGAACCUGACAUUGUCAUAUUCAAUGCUUUGCUCAAUGCCUGUGUUCCAACCCAUCAGUGGAAAGGUGUAUUCUGGAUUUUUAAGCAAAUCAGGAGUAUGGGUCUAAAACCAAAUGGAGCAACUUAUGGAUUAGCUAUGGAGGUGAUGCUGAACUCGAGGAAAUAUGACUUGGUCCAUUAUUUUUUUGAAAAAAUGCAAAAGAAUGGUCUGGCAACAAAGGCAUUAACUUAUAGAGUUCUUGUGAGAGCCUUCUGGGAGGAGGGCAAAGUUGAUGAAGCCAUCAAAGCAGUGAGGGAUAUGGAAAAACGAGGAGUUGUUGGAGUAGCUAGUGUAUAUUAUGAGUUAGCGUGUUGCUUGUGUAACAAAGGGAGAUGUCAGGAAGCCAUCAUGGAGGUUGAAAAGCUAGGAAGGCUUCCUUACGCUAAGCCAUUGGAAGUGACAUUCACUGGCUUGAUUCUGUCUGCUAUGAAUGGCGGAUACAUCAGUGAUUGUAUCUCAAUUUUUGAGCGUAUGAAUCAUCUCUGCACUCCUAAUAUCGGAACCAUUAAUGCCAUGUUGAAAGCUUAUGGGCGCGGUGACAUGUUUACUGAAGCAAAAGAGUUGUUUGAGUCCAUUGAAAAGAAUGUUUCUGGUUUGGAAACUGCUGGCUAUGUGUCAUUUAAGCCAGAUGAAUAUACAUACAGCUCGAUGCUUGAGAUAUCUGCAUCUGCCCACCAAUGGGAGUAUUUUGAGUAUGUGUACAGGGAGAUGGCUCUCUAUGGCUACCAGCUUGAUCUAAAAAAAAAUGCGGGCCUAUUGGUUGGAGCCUCCAGAGCUGGAAAGUGGCAUCUUCUGGAGCAUGCAUUUGACACUGUGCUAGAAUCAGGAGAAAUUCCUCAUAUUUCUUUCUUCAUUGAAUUGAUAUGUCAGACCAUUGCGCAUCAAAACUUUCAGAAAACUGUUGUUCUUAUCAACAGCAUGGCUCAUGCUUCAAUGCAAGUUGAUGAAAAUCAAUGGUUCAACCUCUUCCAGAUAAACAAGGAUCGACUCAGCACUGAGACAUUGUCAAACCUGCUCGACAAUCUCAAUGAAAGUGACCUUGUGAUGGAAGAUCCUGUUCCUAAUUUCUUAAAAGCUCUGCAGUCCAUCACUGAACCGCCACUAGAAAACACCUCUCGUAACUCAAAUUCAAGUUAUGAUUCAGCAUAUAACUUGCUUGCUGAUCCACCAGAAGAGAAUUUGAAGAGUUUUGAGAAGAAGCCACCUAAUUUUUCUCAGAGAGCAACGGAAAAGAAUGACGAUCUGGAGUCUUGUUUAAUCACACUCCAUGAAGAAUCAGACAAUAAGAUUGAUUCCAGCUUGCCCCCUGGAACUGAUGACAAAAUUUUGGAAUCAAUUCUGUGUGACAGCUCGGAUGAAUCUGAUACAGAGAUCGACAGAAAUUUGUUGUCUCAUAAACAUUCUCAUUUCUCAGAUUUGCCAACAGGUUCAGAGAUCCUAGAAAUAUGGAGGGAGGACAGUGAACGAUGACGGCUUUUCCUUUCAAUACUGAAUACGAAUAUCGGUAUUUGUCACCCUUUAGAAGGCUGGAAUAACAAUGCUGUUUCGGCUCAUUUAUUUGGCAUUCAAAUUAAUUGAUCUCUCAAGUCGAUAUUUUGGGUUGUUUGGUAUUGUCAUUGUGUUCAUCUCCUUGCCGAUGUACUGAAAGAUAACAAUAAAUGACUAGGUUUUGAUA